AUGAGUUUGAGUGUGACUGGGUAUUCCCACCAAGGGUAUCCCCACCCGGGACCCACGGGACACGACUUAUACCAGUACCCUCAAAUGCCGAGGUAUUCCGAUCACUGUGCGGAUGCUACCUAUUUCCAGAACUGGGUACUAAAUGGACAUCACCCGGAUGUACAAAUGUCUCCGGAGUCGUACGGGAUGUGUACUCCUUCCCCUACGGAUUUCCACGUAAUGGGACACUAUGUAUCGGACACUAUCAGGUACACUAGUGAUGGAGUUCCAAUAGAAAGGUGUAUUAAGAGAAGGACCUCAGCCAACAAAAAGGAGAGACGAAGGACACUGUCUAUCAAUUCCGCUUUCGCGACAUUACGGGGUUGUAUACCCAAUGUUCCGUCGGACACAAAAUUAUCCAAAAUUAAAACGUUAAGACUGGCAACUAGUUAUAUAUCAUAUCUGAUGGAUGUGUUGGAAAAAGACGACCCUCAGCUCACUGAGGAUGGAUUCAAAGCUGAACUUGUAAAGAAAACCGACAAAAAAUCAACGCCUGAAGAGAAAAAACAUAAAGAACACACGAAUUCGGAUUCUUCUGAAUCAACGAGCCCCUCCAGUAUAGACAAGAAAAGCAAGGGACGGACAGGAUGGCCCCAACACGUGUGGGCUUCUGAACUGAAACAAUAA